UUAGUCUCAAAUAAAUGUAUAUAAACGGAUUUUUCAAAAUAUUUCCGAUUAUCGUGGUUAUAGCUGUUAGAAUACACAGAAUAUUGCACCUAAUGCACAUCUCUUUUAAUAGUUAUAUUUUUAUAAACAAUCUUCCUUUUUUUUUGUACAAAAAUUGCAUGUUGUACAUGCAAAGUACUAAAACUCUGAAAAGAUUUGAAAAAAUUACAAUAUAUUCCUUGAAUUUUUCUUUUAUGGUACAGGUUUUAUAUUAUAUUAUAUGAGAUAUAUGAUUUUUAACAAAAGUAGAAGGUUACUUAAAAAGAAAAUGAUCGAUUUCGCAUGGCAUGACCUACAUAUUUAACGACGCAAUCUUUUAAAUUUGGCGCGGUGCAUAUAUGUACAUUACAUAAUCUCAUAUACCCAUUAUUACUACUGCGCAUGCGCGUAUCCCAUAACAACGAAUUCCGCUACAUAUGAAACAUACGAUGCGUGUUAAUCCAUAAGGAUAGAAGUGAUCAGAGUGGCCGUUCGUUUUAUUAAGUAGAUUAUAAUUGUGACACAAAGAAAAAUAUUAUUCCAGUUUAUAAAAUAAUGUCAAUGGAAGGGCAGUUUUUUUUAUCUGUUACAGGCUCAAUUGAAUAUGCAGAAUUCUACAAUGCCGAUAAUGCAUAUUGCAAGUACGGGUUUCAUUUCGGAUCCGAAUGGAGCGUUGUGGCAGGAAUCGAAGAGGGUCUGACACAAAUGUGCAAACGCAGUAAUGAUCCUAGAAAUCUUAUUGUUUGGAACUUCCCAUUGGAAAUUACGUUCAAAAGUACAAAUCCACAUGGAUGGCCACAGCUGAUAAUGUCUAUUUACGGAUUAGAUAUGUUCGAUCAUGAUGUUAUUGAAGGUUACGGUGUAUGUCAUCUGCCUCUUACAACGGGACAUCAUGAAAAAAAAGUUUUCAUUUAUGUUCCCCAAUCGUCUUCCACGUUGCAACAAUUUGCCGCUUGGUUGACAGGAAGAAGACCUGAGUUAAUUGAUCCAGCUAUAUUGGCCAGUGGUGGUGGACGAGAAUUGACUCGCAUGAAGGUUCAAGGACACGUUACCCUGACGUUCAACGUCGUACUGAAAGAUUUUCUGAAGCUGGGCUAUAACAAUGGAGAAAAUAAGGGAAAAUAAGCAUUAUUUUUUUUUUUCGUUUCACUUCUCUUUUCAAAGACAAUGUCUUUUUUAUUUAUUUAUUUAUUUUUUUUUAUUGUUUUAUUACUACAUUUUUCUCUAUUAACGCGUCUCAUCUGAUAUUUCCAUUUCGUUUCAUUUCAUUUUUCUCGUCAUAAAUUUUUAUUAAAUUCUACUUGUACACUUAUUAUAAUAUUUGUUACGCUUUGAUCUGUCUAUACGUUCGUACUAAAUGAAACGCUAUAUCUUUGUGCCUUUCUAUCGUUAUUUUCUUAUUGUUAGACUUUGAUCUUUCUCAUGAAUGUGACUUUCUAAUAACUUUCAGUUAAAUUUAAUCAUCUCGAUUUUUAUUGAAAAAUAUAACUGUUUCUGCACGGUUUAAUUCGUUUGAAUAAAAGGAACGGAUCAUUAAUUCCAUCAAAAGAGAUCAAAAUUCCAUGAUUGGUUAUGAAAAUAGUAGCUACAGCGAUGUUAACAGAGAAAUAGGAUUAAAUAAUGAAAUAUAGUGAUCUCUCGUUAUUCCGGUGAAGGUAUAGCGGCACGUAAUCAUGCAAAAUUUCUUCAUUAAUAUUCAUAUACUUAAGUAAAACAUAAGUGGUUAUGGUACUUUAACGUUACACUUAUAGCUUCCUAAAAAAGUUUUUAAGGCAAAACGACCUGGUUAUUGUUGUAUAUCACAAUGACAUUUUGACAAAAGUAGAAACUGCCAUGAUAGCGUAGUGGAAUUAAAGGAGAUUAUCAUUGAGGUUGUAGGAAACUAGGGAAUUACUCUCAUGGGACAUUUGUUAUCUCAUCUCUCAAUGUUUACGUACCAUUGUGUUUACCGUUAUCUUUACGUUUACAUAUGGGUAUAAUGGAUAUGAAUAAGGAGUAUGAGAUGUGAAAAAGAUAAACGUUCAUUAAAGUUUAUUGUGAUUCAUUAUUAAGUCAUAUAGCAUUAGAGGAAUUCUAGGUUUUCUGGUUCUAUUUUUUUCGUGGCUUUAAUAAAUUGAAUACCGUGGGUAUCACUGCCGAUCGACACUCUGUUUUCUUUUUUGUGCUUUUAUUUAAAACGUUAUUAACAUUUUUUUUUUAACGAUAAUUACAAGAUUACAAGUUUGCUUUUUAGUAAAAAUAAAGUCUAAUGCAAAAAUAUGACAAUAAAUUCUCUUGUACAUUUUAUCUAUUAAGAAGUUAUGAGAGGUAUUAGAUGCAUAUAUCAAUUUGUGCAAGAUAAAUACUCAGCGAUUUUAUAUAGAAAGAAUCGAAUAUAGAAAUAACGAUUGAACGACUAACAAGGAAUAUACAUUUAAUAAGCAAAAAAAUGAUACGCAAAGAUAUCGUAUUCGACUUUUUUCAUGAUUUAUCGUACUGCACAAGUAACUGCUUAUAUUUUAUAUAACGAUCUUCGUUUAUAUAUUAUCUUCUACGAUGGAACGUCAAUUUUUUUUUCAUUUAUCAGCAGAUAAAAGAGUUGACUCAAGUUAAUUGCUAUAAUAUUUUUUGCAAAAGACUCGAAUCUUCGUGCAAAGUUUGCAAAAAUUUGACAUUCAAAUUUCCAUUUUAGUUACGAUUUCAAAGGUUGAAAUCGACGAUACUUUGAUGUAUCUCACGAACGUACACAUGUACGUAUGUACGUACAUAAGUAUAUAUAUAUAUAUGUGUGUGUAUGAUUCGUGAUCAACUAAAAUGAAUAAGUUUUCCAUUUCGCGAUUUCGUUCUUCUCAAAGGCGACAUUGUAAUAAAUUCGGAUAGAGAGCGUAGUAACAGAAACUAUUCGCUUUUCGAACUGCGAGAAACGUAACGUAUAACGUUGUGACCAAAGAAGCGAAUAUUGUUAAUGAGGAAAAUAGAUUGAGUCAAGUUUAAAAAACGAAAAAAUAUUACUUAGCCCUAAUUGUAGAUAAUGUAGAAUUUAUUAUUAAUCGGUAGUUACAGUAGUUAUGUAUAUAGUUUUAGUAUUAGUCUUAAUAUUAGUUUUAGUAUUCAGUCGUAUAUCGAAUAUCAAUAUUUUCAACGAAAUCUACUGUCAGAUAACGCAAAGAAAAAAAUAAGAAUAAUAGAUUUGUUCGAUAUUUCUUUAAUUUAAUUUUAAUUAGGAUAUUUUCUUUGCAAUCACUAAAACGAUUAUUUUCUAAUAUUGCAAGCGUAUUUUUAUAGCCAUUCAAAAGGUAAAGUAAAGAUCAUUACGAAAGUUACUAGAAUAUACGUACGUGUAAGGAAAUAAAAUAUCAUGGUAUCGUACAUACCUUAGCAUCAUCGUUUACCAUAACUUUGACGAUUUAGUUAUACAUAAAAAUUUAUGGCUUAUAUUUCUAUUUAGUAGAAAGUCAUGUGGGCAAUGUGUGUGUUAUAGUGAAAUAAAUUAUCUUUUAUUUUCACAUGCAUGCAAUUACAAUGAAUAUAUUAUUAUAUGUAAUAUACAUAUGUACAUAUAUUGUAUAAUUUUCAGGUCACAGUUUACAUAGUAUGCGAAUAUUUUCCAAGUUUUAUACGUUACUAACGUAAAGAAGAUAGAUCCGAAAGAUCGAUAGAAAUCUAUGUUAAAGCGAUUAGAUCGUUCCUUAUAAUAAUUGAUUGGAAAGAUUUAAUUUUGGUCGAUAGGAAAGCGAUUAUCCGUUCAUAACGCCGUAGUAAUUAUAUGUAUCUGUAGAUAUAUAUACAUAUAUAUAUAUAUUGUUUUUAGUUAAAAUAGCCCUUAAAUGUCAACUUAAGAAAUAAUUUUAGCCGGAGAUUUGCUGCCAGCGCCAUUCUCCAUACGGAACGAUCUUAUCGUAGAGAAAUUACCAUAAUCUUUUAUUGUUUAUAAGCAUUAAAUUAUUUAUUAGGACUAUAUCUUUACAUAACAAUACUGACUCAGUUAUAACAAUCGAGAUAACGCAGAUUACGUAAUUCGUUCGCACCUUCGAAGAAAGUUUAAAUUUCUUUCGACAUAUCGUUUCUCUCUUGGGACGUUUUUCUCUAACCAAGCUUGGAGACUAAGUUUCGUCGAUUCGACGAAAGUUCUUAAAUAAAAAAAGUCUAUAUAUAGUAACGUUCCAGCGAUUCUAUAUGAUAACUAACACGAAAAUUCAAUAAAUAAUCCGUCGAACGAUUAACACUUAUCUCGGCAUUUAUAUACAUACGUGCACGCGUGGGUGUAUAUUAACAAUACAUAUAUAACAGAACUUUGCAUUCCGAAAUGUACUCGAUAUGUCUCUUAACAAUCCUAAUUUUUUUGCAGUUUCAAUAAGAAUAUCUCUCUAUCGUGUUAACUUUGAUAUCUUUUUUGCUAUAAUUAUAAUUAAUAUUAUUCGGGAAAAGUAUUGAAUAGUUAUAUAAAUUUUUUUCCCUUUUUUAUUUUAUGGUUUUUUUUUU